AGAAGCCCACCACCACCACCACCACGGCGAAGAAGGGAGGGGUGCUGGGGCGGAUGUGGCGCGGCCUCUUCGGCGGCCGCGAGGACUACGAGAAGCGCCUGCAGUACCUCUCCAAGGAGGAGGCCUCCGUGCACGCCAGGAUGCGGCGACGGACGCAGUUCUCGCGACGCACCGUAAGGAACAUCAUCGUCCUGUCCGUGCUCGCGGAGGUUGUGGCUGUUGCUUAUGCUAUCAUGAUGACAAGAGAUGAGGAUCUAACUUGGCAAACCAGGGCAAUUCGAGUUCUGCCUAUGUUUGUUCUGCCUGCCGUAUCUUCUGUGCUGUAUUUGGCAGUUGUAAACUUCACAAGGAUGCUUGAGCGGAAAGACGAGAAAACACUUGAAAAGUUGAGAGCUGAGAGGAAAUCCAAGAUUGAUGAGCUGAAAGAGCGGACAAAUUAUUACCUUACCCAACAGCUUAUCCAGAAAUAUGAUCUCGACCCAGCUGCAAAAGCUGCUGCUGCUUCAGUUUUGGCAUCUAAGCUGGGGGCGGAUUCUGGCCUAAAAAUACAUCUUGGGGAAGAACCAAAUUUGGAUGCAGCAGUGGUUAUGAGCAAGAAUGCUGAGAUAUUGCCAUCAGAUGGGCUGAGAAACAGGAAGCAACCCAAUUUAAGAGGCAGCAGGACUGGAAGCACAAUGGCACAAGGGGCUGAAUCUAGUGCAAAUCUUGGUGCUGGCCUGGAAAACGCACAGCCUCCAAGGGUUGUAGAACAUUAUCAAGGCUCAGGGGCAAGCGAUGGUGGAUGGAUUGCAAAAAUCGCCGCCUUACUUGUGGGAGAGGACCCAUCACAGUCGUACGCUUUGAUCUGUGGCAAUUGCCAUAUGCAUAAUGGCUUGGCCCGGAAGGAAGAUUACCCACACAUUACAUACUAUUGCCCACAUUGCAACGCACUAAACGCAUCAAAGCACUCCGCGGGACAAUACUCGGGCUCCAACUCAGGCCAUUCGACCCCAGCUGCACCGUGCUGAAGGAAUAUCUGCUACCAGCUCAGUAGUGGAAAGUGAAUUGAUUAAGAUGGCUGCAGCGCAGGAAUCACCAAAGGAAGAACAUGCAGAGAAGCAGGAAGUGGAGGCAAGUUGAUGGCCCGCACUAUUACAGCCGAUCUAUGUGAAAUUAGUUCAGAUUUGUUUGAACUGGUCCGAGCCGCAGAUAUAUCACUGUUGUAAAUUAUGAAAUAGCGAGUGUAUGAUCCACAGCAACCCAGUACAAUAUUUUUUUAGCCAGCGUCCAUCCUUGAGUGGAUGAGUUUUGUUUGCA